CAACCAAAUAAGGCGAAGGGCGGAACAAGUAUUGCAAACGCGAGUGUGUGGGAGGUGCUGUCGUCGAGCUAUCAUACGUAUACUGUCGUGAACGUCGCAUCGACUUGUCCCGGUCAGUUUCGUUAAUUACUAUCGGACACGGAGAGGCGAUUGCCGGCGAGAUGUAUGAAACAAAGUAUAUAUUUGCUGCAUUGCCAAGGACUCAAAGAGGCCAACCUCUUGUAUUAGGGGGUGAUCCUAAAGGAAAGAAUUUUUUAUACACUAAUGGCAAUAGUGUUAUCAUUAGAAAUAUUGAUAAUCCAGCAAUUGCAGAUGUCUACACAGAACAUUCUUGCUCUGUGAUUGUUGCCAAAUAUUCUCCUAGUGGUUUCUACAUAGCUUCAGGAGAUCAGUCGGGUAAAGUACGUAUCUGGGAUACAGUUAACAAAGAACAUAUAUUAAAAAAUGAAUACCACUCAAUCGGCGGACCCAUCAAAGACAUUGCUUGGUCACCAGACAGUCAGCGUAUGGUUGUGGUUGGAGAAGGCAGAGAAAAAUUCGGACACGUCUUCAUGGCGGAAACGGGAACGUCUGUGGGUGAAAUCUCCGGUCAGAGUAAACCCAUUAACUCGUGCGAUUUUAGACCAGCAAGACCGUUUAGAUUAAUAACUGGAAGCGAAGAUAAUACUAUCGCCGUGUUCGAAGGACCUCCAUUCAAAUUCAAGAUGACCAAGCAAGACCAUACUCGUUUCGUUCAGACUGUACGUUACUCACCCGACGGAAAUCUAUUCGCUUCCGGUGGAUUCGACGGGAAAGUAUUCAUAUAUAAUGGACUAACGUCCGAUCUUGUAGGAGAAUUAGGACCUCCUGCGCAUCAAGGUGGAGUGUACGGGGUUGCAUGGAAACCCGAUGGCACACAGUUAUUAACUGCUUCGGGAGAUAAGACUUGUAAACUGUGGGACGUGGAGACGCGUACUUUAAUUACGGAGUUCAACAUGGGAACAACAGUCGAUGAUCAACAAGUGAGCUGUCUGUGGCAAGGAAAACACCUGCUGUCCGUGUCGCUUAGUGGCUUCAUCAAUUAUCUUGACGUCGACAAUCCUCAGAAGCCUAUAAGGAUAAUAAAAGGUCAUAAUAAACCAAUAACGGUGCUAACUCUAAGUCCCGAUAGAGAUACUAUUUACACUGGUUCUCACGAUGGUUACAUCACCAAUUGGAACGCGGGGACGGGGGAGAAUGAUCGUGUGCAAGGGCACGGUCAUGGUAAUCAGAUUAAUGGAAUGAAGGCGGCGGAUAACUUGCUCUAUACUGCUGGUAUCGAUGACACUUUAAGAUCGGUUGAUAUAGCGACGAAUUCGUACGCGGAAACUUCCGUAGUAAAAUUGGACUCGCAACCACGAGGUCUUGAUAUAUACAAGAACAUGGUCGUAGUGGCUUCGGUUCGACAGAUCGCUGUUACACAAAACGGUAAAAAGCUGUCUAGCGUGCCGAUCGAUCACGAGCCAUCGUGUGUAUCGAUUAAUCAAGAAACGGGAGAAGUGGCCGUUGGAUGCACAUCGGAUAAUAAAGUUCAUAUUUACGAACUGUCAGACAGUACGCUUACUGAAAAGACUGAACUAGAACACCUAGGCCCGAUUACGGAUGUCUCGUACAGCCCUGAUAAUAAAUACCUAGUCGCCUGUGAUGCUAACAGAAAAGUUAUACUAUACGGUGUACCAGAAUAUAAGAGGCUUGCACAUAAUAGAGAAUGGGGUUUCCAUAACGCGAGAGUGAACUCUGUCGCAUGGUCUCCAAACUCUGACAUGGUUGCAAGCGGCAGCCUCGACACGACCAUUAUCAUCUGGAGCGUGACGAAUCCGGCAAAACACACCAUCAUCAAAAAUGCGCAUCCGCAGAGCCAAAUAACGCGUUUAGUCUGGCUGGACGAGGAAACGCUAAUCUCAGUCGGCCAGGACUGCAACACUAAAAUGUGGCGUAUACAAAAGAUAUAAUUAACUUUUUGAAGAAUUUAUUAUCACUAUUAAGGAAACUGCAAACUUUGGAAGCAUUUUAUUUAUUUCGUAGUCUAUAUGGAUAUUGUAUAUUAUUUUUUAAUACGAUCCUUGAUAUAUGAUUAAAAAAUUAUAUUGCAAUCUUUUA